UGCGCGCGCGCACCCACUGUUGACUUGUUUCUUCUGAAGCUUGUUUAUUAUACGUUUCGAUUAAUAGUUUAGAUAGUGUUGUGCUGUGAUUGUGCUUGUUUAUUUGGCAGUAUAAGAUAUAUUUCUACAUUAUGGAACCUUUGCAAGUGGAUGUUGUACAUUUCUACCCGAAAGAGAACGCGCAACCACACAACACUAUCAAAUUUGAAGUGGUAAACGAAGAGAAUCCUACGACGACAAUCGUACGACGUGGUCAACCUUUCAAUGGUGUGGUUCGUUUCACGCGACCCUUUGAUGAAAAUGAAGACAUCGUACAACUAAUGUUCACACUUGGUGACAAGCCUCAGAUGGACACGCAGGGCGCGACGUUCAUCCACCGAGAGGCUGUCACAGACAAGCACAUGUGGACUGCCAAACUCCUCGACGUGCAGUCAGACACCGUUUCAUUUGAGGUGUCUACACCAAUCACUGCCCCCGUGGGCUCCUGGGCUCUCCGUGUUAUCACCAGACUGAAGAGCUCAUCAGACAGGGCCUUCUAUGACUUCGACCAGGAUAUCUACAUUCUUUUCAACCCAUGGAACCCUGAUGACCAGACGUAUAUGGAAGACACUGAUCUUCUGCAAGAGUAUGUUCUCAACGACGUGGGCAAAGUGUGGGUGGGACCGAUCAAGACCACGCGUGGGAAGCCCUGGUUCUACGGCCAGUUUGACGCCGCAGUACUACCGGCUUGUAUGUUCAUGCUGGAUAGAGCUGAGAUGCCAUUCCAUCAACGCGGCGACCCAGUGAAGAUGGCGCGUGUUAUCUCUCGCAUCGUGAACUCCAACGACGACGCAGGCGUGUUGGUGGGUCGCUGGGACGGGGAGUACGAAGAUGGCACCGCACCUUCCGAAUGGACCGGCUCCGUUGACAUCCUCGCACAGUAUUUGGAGACGCAGCAGGAGGUGCCAUACGGACAAUGUUGGGUCUUCGCUGGGGUUGUUACCACGGUUUGUCGAGCUCUGGGUAUUCCUUCCCGUGUCGUCUCCAACCUUGUAUCAGCUCAUGACGCUAACAGUUCGCUAACCGUGGAUAAGUAUUACACGGAGACGAUGGAGGAGAUGGACUACGAUCCCAACAAUGCCAACGGAGCUGACUCCAUUUGGAACUACCACGUGUGGAAUGACGUUUGGAUGACGCGACCUGAUCUGCCACCGGGAUACGGUGGCUGGCAAGCGAUAGACGCGACGCCUCAGGAGACAUCAUCAGGAAUGUACCAGUGCGGUCCUGCGUCGCUGGAGGCCAUCAAACAGGGUGUCAUAGGUCUAGGAUAUGACGUGGAGUUCAUGCUGGCCUCAGUCAACGCGGACCUCAUGCGCUGGAGGAAGGACCCGGAAGCGGAGACGGGAUUCACUAUGGUCGAUACUAAUAACUACCACAUCGGGCGUAUGGUCCUCACAAAGAAGCCGUAUGUGUUCGAUCCUCUGGGUGAUGAGGACAGACAGGACAUCACUGCGGAGUACAAGCACAGAGAGGGCACAGCCUCCGAAAGACUGGCGCUUAUGAAUGGAGUACGGUAUUCAGAGAGGGCUAAGAGGUACUACGCGAUUGCUGGCAACCUCAGCAAUGAGAUUACAUUCAAGCUGCGAGACAUAGACACUGUGCCCAUCGGACAUGACUUUAGGGUUACUGUAGAUAUUGAGAACACAUCCCGUGAAGGUCAUAACAUAAAAGCAGCACUUUCCGCUACCAGUGUAUUCUACAACGGUGUCAAAUCAGAAGUCGUUAAGAAGGUGGAAGGGAAAAUCUUCGUCGGACCAGGGAAACGCGAACAAAUAAGUAUUUUGGUGAAAUCCGAUGAGUAUCUGCCCAAGUUGGUGGAGUACUGCAACAUGAAGAUCUCCGCGAUGGCAAUCGUAGACGAGACCAAACAGUCGUGGGCAGACGAUGAUGACUUCCAAGUUCUCAAACCUAACAUCAACAUUAAGUUUAAUGAAGAUUUGAUUAUCAAUGAACCGAGUUUAGCUGUACUAUCGUUUGUAAACCCGCUGGAGCGUACGUUGACGGGGUGCGAGUUCCGCAUCACGUCGUCAGCUCUGGAAGGACGUACGAUGCGUAUCACCGCACCUGACGCACCGCCGCAUGCACCUGUCACCGCUGAAUUACCUUUCCAACCCAAGAAAUUGGGGACGAUUAAUAUUAUUGCAACGUUCAAAUCUAACGAACUGAAGGACAUCAACGGAGCGGCGAGUGUUGAAGUCUUGGAGGGAUAAACUCCCAUUGUAUUAUAAGACUGACAAGAAGAUGUCUUUAAAUAUAUUGUUUUCUUUUUUAUUUUAUUUUAGCGUAGGAUAUUGUUUUUUUUUUCAUUAAGUGAGAACUUUUUUUUAUGAUUAUUUUUAAUUUUUCUGCAAAUUUUACGCAAUCUGCCUGACAACAUUUAUUAC